AUCAGAAAAUGCCUCCACAGCCUCCCUGCCCUCCUCUCACUUUCUUUGCUCCCCGCCCUCCAGAAGAGGUUAAAAACAAGUUCUUAAGCAAAACAAACCCAGAAAAAGCUCUGAGUGGGAGUGAGGCGCAGCGAUGCCAGGUGAUGGGGAGGGAGGGAAAAAUCCCCAUGGGCAGCAGAGCACAGCUGGGGUGGGGGCUCUGCAGCAUCCGCACCAAGGCUGGCAGCUAUUGCUUCCCACAACAUCCUCAUGCUAUGUAAUAACAACAGAUUACAACAGCAGCUCUCCCCACUCGCAGGACGGAUGAGGCAGGGCUGAGGGAUUUGUUUUCUCAAGCCCAGCAGUGAGAUGAGUGCCCUGUGAUCACAACCCGAGUUCAAAGCAAAGGGACUCAGGAAGGGGCAGAGCUUCUGCAGCGCUGUUAUGGGACCAAAUGUGGGCGAAGUGAUUCUUAUCAGGAGAAAGUUGGGUCUGAAGUAAAAGAGCAGAACUGGGAGCAGCGAAGGCUGCGGGGAGCACACGGUGCCCACCUCAUGUAGCAGUGUCAGUGCUCUGCAGGGCAGCUCCCAGCUCUCUCCCACACCAUCAGUGGCACUGGGUUUGCUGCUGCCUGGACAUAGCAAAGGAGCGGAUGUGACAUGUUUUUCCCUUGGACUGCAUUCACUUACAAAUAACAGCAAAGCUCCCGCAGCGCUCCAAGCAGGCAGCACGAGGACUGUGACUUCUCUGCAAAAAAACACAACUCUCAGUGCUUGCCUGCAGGAUUCUCGGUGCUCCCCUUGGAGCUGGGGGUGCAGCCCUGAGGGGGUUCAGCUCAGCCCUCUCAGGAGCAGGGUGAGGUGAAAAAGCAAAUGCUGCCUCCGUGGUUUCCUCCCUGGGAUGCAGAGAGGUGACUGCCCUGCGUGGAGGGUCCCAUCCAGAUGGGUGCUGCAGCUGCAUGCAUCCAGAGCCAGCGGGCAUUAAAGAGGAGCCCCGGCCACCUGCAGCACUCUGCCUCUGAUGUUCUCCGAGUGAAACUUGAUGCUGUUCAGCAAGGACACACCUCUUCCAGGGUGUUGUGCAAAAUUCUGCAUUUUAACGUAGGGACAGGAAAUAUGAACAGAGCCGGGCAGAGCCCGCAGCAGCACCACUGGUUAGGCCACGGCUCCCCAGCUCCGUGGGAGCAGAUUGAAGUGUUUGCUUCUCUCACCAACCCCACUGUGACUUCCCAGUGCUUUGGGAGCCACGGCUCCCGCACCAACAGGUUUUGAAGGAUUGUCAUUGCUGCUGUGUCCGGGAGCAGCUCAGCAGAGGCUGUUUUCCUCUUUUCUCUUCCUGCUCCAUUUCCUACGAUGGGUUUGUUGCAAAAGAUUCUCAUCCCCAUUUUGGGACUGGUUUUGGCCUUCUGUUUUUAUUCGUCGAGGGAGAAUUUCAAACCUGAGAUGCUGAAAGGGAAGCGUGUGAUCGUCACCGGAGCGAGCACCGGCAUCGGGGAGCAGAUGGCGUAUCACCUGGCACGGAUGGGAGCCCACGUCCUGGUCACGGCGCGGACGGAGGCAAAGCUGCAGCAAGUAAAUGGCAAGCUGGGCACUCACACAUGCACACACAGACACAGGAAGGCCAACCUCACAUUGCAGGUGGUGGAGAGGUGCCGGGCGCUGGGGGCCAGCUCAGCACGGCUGGUCAGCGGCAGCAUGGAGGACAUGGCCACCACCCGGCAGCUGGUGGAGGUGGCCGAGGCUGAACUGGGAGGCCUCGACAUGCUGAUUCUUAACCACGUUGGCAAGUCAUACUUCAAUUACUUUGAUGGGGAUGUUGGACACGUCCAGAAGCUCCUGAACAUCAACUUCCUGAGCUAUGUGGCCAUGACAGUCUCUGCCCUGCCCAUGCUGAAGCGGAGCGGGGGUAGCAUCGUGGUGGUCUCCUCCAUGGCAGGUAAAGUUGGGUUUCCCUUUACGGUCCCUUACUCUGCAACUAAGUUUGCCCUGGAUGGAUUUUUCAGCUCCCUGAGGCAGGAAUUCAGCAUCCAGAGCGUUAACGUUUCCAUCACACUCUGCAUCCUUGGCUUCAUUGACACUGGUAAGCUCCAUCCGUGCCAUCUGGCUGCCCAGAAACUGAGCAUCACAUGCCCAGCUUUGUGCCCUCCCCUCCUGUGCCCCCACCUCCAGUGCUGCUUUUCCUGCUGUAGUGGGAGCGAGUGCAGCAUCACCUCUGCUCUCAGCAGGCUCCUACCUCUCUUCCACCAAAAAACAGACUCCAGACUGAUUUGUUUCCCUGUGCUGUACUCAGGUAGGAUAUUAGGACAAAGGUAUUCUGAGGAAGAGCAGUCAGGCAGCAGCUCAGGCUGCAGAGUCACCAUCCCUGGGGGUGUUUGGAGCCGUGGAGAUGUGACACUUGGGGACAGAGUCACAGGGGGGAUGGCGGGGUUGAACUUGGGGAUCUCAGAGCUCUUUUCCAACCAUAAUGACUCCAUGGUUCUAUAAAAAUCAGCCAAUCAGUGCACAGGCUGGGACAGCCUAAAAUUCAAUGAGUUUCAGUGGAAGCACCAGCCGCACAUCUCCCAUUAAUCUUAUCCGAUGCAGCGAGCGACGGGAGCGAAGGCAAUGACGGAGCGACUUGAAGCUGCUUCUGUUUUCCAGUGCACACACUACAUUUAGCUGUAGGAACAGAGGCAGCUCUGCAGCUCGCUCAUCGCAGGCAAACCAUCAAAAGGACA